UAACAUAUUAAUGUAGAAAUUAUUAUUUUUGAGUUUUUAUUAUUCAUACUAAAUAUCUGAAUGGUCUAUGUACCAUGUUUACAACAUUAGAACAUUCUGAAUUAGUCUACGUGGUUUCUUUUACUGUGAAUUUUAUAGUGUAUGUGUCUUACUAUUGUCUCUUGCAAUUUAAGAAAUUCUCUUUGGUCUUCCUUACAGUAUAAAUCUGAUUGGGAUAACGUUUCUCAUUUUUUGUUUGCCUGGAUGUGUCUUCACCCUUCAUCAUACCUAAAGGGUGCAGUAUUCUUGCUGUCAUUUCUCCUCUUUCAGCACGAUGGAACUCGUUGCACACUGCCAUGACCUACAUAAUUGCUACUGAGAAGCGUUCAGCGAGGUGAACUGGGAAUCCUCUGUACCAUUUAUUUUCUACUCCAAUACUGAGAUUCCUUUCUCUAUCUCUUUAUAACAUAAUUUAAGGCACUUUGUAAUUACACAUCUCAUCCCUUAGUAACCGUAUGAGGUAGGUACUUUUUAUCGUUUUCAUUUUACAGAUGAGGAAGCAGGUACUAAGCAGUCAAGUGGUCUGUUCAAGGUCACACGACCAGCAAGUGGGCUUGAAGCAUGGCUCAAGCUGUUGACAGGAUUUCUUCGCAGAGCCCAACUGUUUGGCCUUCAGUUUCCUUCAGGGAGAUGUUCCUUUACCCCUCGUGUCUGAACAGCCGUCUCCUCAGCAAACCCUCACUUCCAGUGUGACUCUUGUGUUUCAGUGCUGGCACCGCUUACUCCUUGGCUGUUAAACAAUUUCCUGAAAUAGCACAUGUAGGCUCCCAUUCCCCUAGGAACUGGAUACUCCUGGUCAAUUUUUUGUUCCUAACCCUACAUCUAGCUGCCUCUCUCUCUCUCUCCCCCCAUCUCCUGCCACUUCAAAAUUUAGAUUUAGAUACCUAAUCUCCAUAACUAGGUUGUUGGGUCCACCCUGUGUUUCCAUAGCCCACCUUGAACACUGCCACCUAACACCACUAUAACCACUUACACUUGACUUUCCAAACCUACAUCCCCAAUCUAAGAAAAAUGGCCACAAUAGUCACAUUCUCUCAUAAGAUCUCAAAAAGCAUUUUCUUCAAGCCUUAGCUAUUCUUUAUCUUUAAACUUGGAGAGCUCAAUUAUAAUAUAUUCAUUUGAAUCUGACCUCUGAUCUCUGACAUUAUUAUAUCUGAAUAGUUGUAUCUUUCUCCAACUUUAGUGAGUUUUCUGUUAUUAUCUCUUUAGAUGUGCUUUCCAUACCUUUGACAUUGUGAAGACCCACUUGAACCCUCCGUAACCCACACAUUGACUGUUUUCACUCUGUCCCAGAGUUUUUGUCAGCUCUCUUCAUUCCUCUUGAUUCUUUUUCCUUUUUUCUCCUCUAAUUGUGCAUUCUCUGAUAGAGCAUGUUUGGCUUCACUUUCUCUCUUUUGUUUGUUCUAUUCUGCUUCUUGUGCCCUCUACUGCACUUCCUCCCAAUAUUUAAAAUCAGUUUUUAAUGGGAGGACACCUAAAAUCCUUAAUUUAAAUCAAUCCUUAAUUUAUAAGUGAAAGCUUUAAACUCAUACACACUGUUCAUACCUAUAGUUCAAGUUUGAAAAUGUAUAUUUGCAACCAAAAUGUAUCUGAAGUAUUUGUGAAGAAUGCAUAAUCUCCAAAAAUUAUGAAAAUGUUGCUGCUACUCAUACAUUUCUAAAUACAUAUUUGUUACUUCUGUGUAGUGAGAGAAGUUCAUUUUCAAAACAGAUAAAAUUCAGUCUUUAGGUGUGAAUGGUAUGACUUACAGUCCUUUCUAAAAAAAAAAAAAAAAUUCUUAGUCAGUUGGAAUCCUUAGCAUGCAAAAACUUCAAAAAGAGGAUCUAUGAACGAAUUGGGUUGUCAUAGCAUCCAGUUCAGCCAGAGCUGGAAAUGCCACUGGAUUAUCCUCAUCAGGAGCAGAAGCGCUUGACUGUCAGUCCUGCUGCAACAGUCCGGAUGUCCACCACACCCAUAUUUCCUCACCUUCCUCUGUGGCCUGGGUGGCCUGGGUCUCCAAAAUUGAUACACAACCAUUGACUUCUGUAAGUAAUGGUACAUAACUGAAUCUUCAGCAUACGCCUAUCCAUUCUUCCAUUGCCCAUCAGCACUUUCAUUUGGUUUUUGAAGAUUCGAUUCUACUUUUGCCUGGUCUAUAUUUUGAAUUGUCUUGCACUCAUCCAAAAUCAUCUCUUUUGGACCCUUUUCCUUUUCCACUUUAUUCUCCUUUUUUUCAGUGUCUGCCAAUGGAUGUUCUUCACCUUCAGGUGUUUCCUUGGUUACAUUUGAUUGAUCCAAGUCAGUUAAUUCAUCUUGGACAGUUCCCAGUUGGGAGAUCUGCUACCUCCAUGUUUGUCCCCAAGCUUCAUACCAGAUCUAUCACUUCCACUGCACCUAUCAAUUUCACAUUUGCCACUCAACUGAAAUUUUAGUUUUGCUUAGUGUAACUCAGUUGAAAGAAUUGUGCUUGAUUUUUAAAAAAAUUACUUCCAUUUCUGUCAAGUCUAUUAAGGUCUUUUAUAGUAUCAAAUUGUUACUCUAUGUUCUCUAGAAGUUUAUUGCUUCCUUUAAACAGAUAUUUUAAAUUAUUCAUCUGAACACUUGAAAAUGUCAAUUUCUAGAUGAUUAUAUUAUUAGUUUAUUAUUUGAAAGAGAGAGAGAGAGAGAGAGAGAGAGUCUUCCAUCUGUGUUCAUACCCCAAAUAGUUGUUCUGACCAGUGCUUAGUCGGGUUGAAGCCAGGAGCCAGGAACUCCAUCCAAGUCUCCCAUGUGGGUGGAAGGGGCCCAAGCACUUGGAUCACCCUCUGCUGCUUUCCCAGGCCUUUAGUUACCUGGCUAAGGAGGGUUCAAAGACAUGGUCUUCAUUAUGGGCCUUAGGACAAGAAGACUUUUUUCCCUUUCCCUCUACCAAAUGGGAGGUCUCUUCAUGCUGUGGUACUUGGAGCUUGGGGAGGGGUGAUGCAGCAGCUCUCACCUUCCUACUUCCUGAAUGCAUCUCACCUCUGAAUUAGACGAGGCCCUCUGGUCUAUCUUCUGGGUCCCUGGAUUCUGGUGCCUGUGAUUUGGUAUGUGAAUAAUCGUUCAUGUUGGUGUCUCUGUGGAGAAAUGAUCACAAGAACUCCUUACUCGGCUGCUAUCUAAUUCUGCUUCUCUGUUUUAUUUUUCUGAAGCUCAUUGUUUUGGGAAAAUAUGUUUUGUUAUUAUUGUUGUUUGUGCCUUUGUUUUAGUAACUGGCUUGGACUUAAAAACUACCUGAAUUCUGUUUUGCAUAGUGUGAAACCAAUGAUGUUUUUACUGUUUUAUAAAAAUGCGAUGUCUUAAACUUGCUUCCUUGGCUUCAGCCUUAUGUUUACAUAGUUUAUUCAUCAGUUUGGGCAGACAUUUCAAUUCCCUAAGUUUUCCUCAUCCACUUCCUACCAAGCUAUAUGUGGACUGAGAAAAAUAUUCAAAGUUUCAGCUGGGUCUCAGAUCUACCUUGGCUGCCAGUUUUUCAUUGUCUUCUUGUCUCCCUCAUAGCAUGUGUAGUUUAUCAGACAGGUGGGACAUAUGGAGAGCUUAUCUCAGCCCUCCUAUGCCCCUUACCACUAAAUUUAUGUCUAGUGGGCCAUGUAUCCCAAACCAGAAAAGCAACUUACGAGUAGCAAAAUUUUAGUUUCUCCUCAUUUUGUCUGAUUAAGACUUUCAUCCACGAAUGUAUGGGCUUUCAUGUGUCAGCCCUGCCAUACUCCAAAUCAAGUAUGCUAUCUUACCAAGCAACGACUGGUAAAGGAAAAGGCAGGAAGAUGGUAGCAACCCAGAUCAGGAGGCCAUGGGCCACUGUAUUCUUGAAAUGGUAGUAAUUUUUCAUGAGUAAACAUUUCUCAGUGUAUUGUUUGCCUUAGCUAAAUUUUGAGAUAGUUGUUUCAGACAUGUCCCCUUGGUUUAUAUAUAUAUAUAUAUAUAUAUAUAUAUAUAUAUAUAUAUAUUUCUGAACAGAAUUCUAUGACAUUUUAAUUCUACCAUUACCAGAAGGCCCUCUUCAUUUUACUUCCAAAAAUCCAUAUGUAUGAUUUUAAUACAUCAUAUAAUAAGAUUCAAUGACUAUUUCCUUAGCAUAAUAUAGCACUACCUUUUAUACCUAACUAUUGUCUCUAUAGUUACAUCUUUUGGAUAUCAAGAUUUGUUUUUAAAAGGCAGAAUGAUACAAAUAGAACCAGAGAAAGAGGGGGACAGCGAGAGAUCUUCCAUCUGCUUGGUCACUCAUUUCCCACAAAGUUGCAACACCCAGGGCAGCAGGGACCUAAGUCCUUGGGCCGUCAUCCACUGCAUUCACAGGCAUUGGAUCAAAAGCAGAGCAGCGGGGACUCAAACUGGCACUCUGAUAUAUGAUGCUGCCGUUUAUUGCAAGCACCAUCUCAACCUGCUGCACCAGCACACCAGCCCUUAUAUUUAAAUCUGUACCUCGGUAUAUACCCAUACCUAACUUGUAUCAUAAGCCCAACACCAUUGUUUCUGUUGUUGAAACUCUAGAAACAUUCCCAGUAGUAAGGGCCAAUACCUUUCAAUGAGUAAAUACUUACUAUUUUUUAAAUUCUGUUAAAAAUAGAAUUGAGAAAAGAUUAAGAGAUCUAUUUUGGGGUCAAUUUUGAUAAUUUAUAUUUUCCUAAUAAAUUACAUCUUUUAACUAGGUUUUACAAUGUUUGCCCAGAGGUAAACAAAGUACUCAUAAUCUUGUCAAUUUCCUUUAUAGGUUAUUUUCCCAUUCUCAUUUCUUAUUUUGUACAUUUUUCCUUUCAUUGUGUUAAUUAUAUUUAGAUAGCCAGUAAUUUAUAUUUCAAUGUUGGAGUCCUAAAAAACUACCUCCUUAAGGUAGGGAACUUUAUUUGGUUUUAUAAUUCAUUAAUUAUCUUUUUCAAUUAACAUAGCUCAUAUGUUAAUUCUUCUUAGAUUUAUUUUGUAGAUAUGUUACUAAUUUAUUGAAUUGAGUAUUCAGUUCACUAAUUCAAUUGUUUUAAGUUUAUUAAUGAUGCAAAGUUAUACAUUUUCUUCUGAGCCCUAGUCACACUGCCACACAUAAGACUGACAGCACAAAGAAGUCCUGUGUGUCCUUUACCCUGUUUUCUCCUUGCUGCUCUCUACAUUGUUUGCUGUUUGCCUUCAGUGCACGCACUUGGAAGCUGUUUGUACAUUGAAGAGAUUGUACCCCUUUAGCUUGAUAUUCUUGUGUGCAUUUUCAGAAACAAAGGACCUUUUCCCUAUAACAACAAUACUAUUAUCAAAAUCCAACAUUUUCACAAUACUAUUAUGUACAUGACUGUCUUUUAGAAUUUUAGUAUUGUACCAUUAAUGUAUCAGACAUUACCUUUGCCUUAGCCCAGGACACAAUGCAAGAUCAUGCUUUGUACUUACAAGUCUCCUGAAUUACUUUAAUCUUCAUUUCUUUGUCAUUCUUGACCUUGAUGUUUUUGAGGCAUAUGAGUUAAUUAUUUUUGCAGUAUGCCUCUCAGUUGGGAAUGUCUGAAACUUCAUGGUUGAUUAAAGUUUAUAGUUUUUAGAAUAACGCUAGAAAACAUAUUUCUUAAUUUUUGAUUUUUUUCAUUGCUAGCUUAAAGAAUAAAAUUGACACUUUUGUAGAUUAAUCUUAUAUUCUGGAAUCUUGAUACACUUGGUAAUUAGUCCUAGCAGGUAUUUUUGUAGGUUCCCUAGAAUGUCAGCUGCAAGCCAGUCUUACUUGUUUCUAAUCCACAUAUACUUAAUGUAUUUUUCUUAUCCUUUUGCCUGGGCUAGAGUUUCUAAUACAGUAUUGAAUUAAAGUGGUGAGAGUGAAUAACCUUGCUUUAUGCAUAUUUCAGGAGGAAAAAUUCAGUAUUUCACAAUUAAGAAAGAUGUGACUUGUAAGUUUUUCAUGUGUGCUCUUAAUUAUAUUGAAGAAGUUUCUUUUUAUUACUAGUUUCCCCGGGUUGUUUGUUCUUUUUUUGUUAAAGCAAGGAAUGGGAAAUAGGAUUUUGCAAAAUCACUUUUCACCUCUAUUAAAUGAUUAUGUGUUUUUUUUGUUGUUGUUGUAGAAUGCCAAUCUGGUGCUUUACACUAUUAAUUGAUUUUCUAACAUUAAACCAUCUUUUUAUUCCUGGAAUAAACUCCAUCCAUGCUCUGCUACCCUUUCAAUAUAUUGCUGAAAUAGACUUGUCAAAGUUUGGUAAAAAUUUUAUCUACAUAUUAAUGAGUAAAGAUUUUCCUUUAGUUUACUUUCUUCUUACUAACAUCAACAUCUAGUAUUUAUAUCCUUCCUUUCAUCAUCUUUAACCAUUUUUAAAGUACAUUUUGUUCUUACUUUUGUUCUAAGUACAACCAGCUUAAUAUUAUUUAGGACAUCAAGUAUUUUAGAGUUGAGAAGUUGCCCUGAGUAAACUAAUAGUAAAAUCUCAAAUUGCCCUGUUUUCUCUUUUGCACUCUGGAAGGUGAGUGUGUUCAUAAUUACCAAGUCUGUAUCUGACAAAACAGGUAGUACCUAUCUGAAAGUAAGUUCAUUCUCUGCACCCACACUUCCAUGUUGAUCCCUCCAUGUUCAUUCUCUCUUAAUCACCUCUUUGGGUAGUUGCAGACUUACUUCUGUGGGCUAUAUCGAGUUUCAUCUGUAAAGAAAAUGGGUGGGAGAUUAGAAAGCAAAAAGACAGUAAAUUGUUUUUUUUUUUUUUCCACAGUUCCCUUCUUGUCUGGUCAUAGCAUGACAAUACUGUGGAUUUCUUAGUUGCUGCUUUGUUUCUGGAAGUCACAGCUCCUUUUAAGAGGCCCCCUCUUACAACUACUAUCUUGCUGGGGUGUAGUCACUGAAACUCCUUUAAUAUUUUAAAGCCUAAAGGUGGUCAUCAGCUCCCCCAGUUGUUAAUCCACAAGGGCUUCACUUUCCCUUGGACUUCCUGUUAGCCCUGCUUGUAUUUUUGUGAAUACUCCAUUCAUUUAGCUCAAGCAAUCAACCACCCAUUAUGACUGUCAGCAUCUGUUUCCAGCUGAUUUUAUCACUUCUUGGUGUAUGUUCCCAGCCCCUAAUUUCUCCAACCACAAUUUACCUUUUCCUAGAAGUAGUAUAGAACCAAACUUCUUAUUCUGAACAAAAUUCAAUCUACUCCCAUUUUACUUGUUUCCACUAGAAUGAUUCGCUCUAUUCUGAACAUGUUGACUUGUUACCUGUCCUAGAGUAUUUGCAUUUUAAGUGCUCAUACCAUUAUAAUCUCAUGAAAAGCAUCUUGAAUGAUGACAAUUAAAAUUUAGUGGCAAAAUUAAUGUUAUCACAGUGUGGAUAAAACAGUCCAGGCUUUGAAUGUGGGAAGAGGCCUCAGAAAGAAAAAGUUGAUUGACUAGUAUUUCUUUAAAAAAAAAAUAGCAGCCACGAAAUAUGCUUUAAAAGUAAAGAUAUUACUCUUAUGCAAUAUACUUUUAAAUACUGCAUCAUAUAGGCACUUCUUGAAAAGAGAAAUUACAUAUUAGCUGACUAAAGCUAUGGAAGUCUUACUAUAAAUAAGCUUUUACUUUGUUUGAAUCAGUUGUGUUUCAAAUAAAUUCAAAAUUUCUCAAAUGCUUUAGCUUUGCUAGUAGCGCUCCCUCUAAGACAUCAUACAGAAAAGGGGGGAAAUCAUUGUCCUCUAGAAAUCUUGGAUACUUAUCAUACAUAGGAAAAUAAUCUGUGUGAGUUUUUGUCAUUAGACAAUUGUUCAACUAUUUCUGAAUUUUUAUUAUAUACUCUUUUAUUUCAGGUUUUUAUUUACGAACAAAUCUGGUUCUCAAAGCCACAAUAAAUAUAUUAAAUAGACCCCAAAAUUUUAUGCUCAAUUCAUGUACUGUUCUAUUGCCUUUAUUUUUUUUCUUUUCCAUCUAAAUAAUUGUUUCUUGUAGGAUCUUAAAGCCUAAUCUCAAAAAAAUUAUGAAUCAUAUAGCUAAUCAGAUAUAAUUAUAAAUCCAUCACUAAUUCUGAAUAAUUUCACAUUCUAAAGCGGCAUAGUUAGAAUAACAGGAGAUCCGUCACUUCCUUUGUCUCCUAAAACUGUUUGAUUACUUUAUACUAGCUUUGGUGUAACUAAAGGAUGAUUCACAUGAGCCAAGAAAAAUUAUACCAAGUGAUAAAUCAGAUCAUCUGUUUCUGUAAAACAAAGGUAUUCUACACAGAAUUUAAAAACUGAAGCAUCUUUUAUUCAUAUAAAAGUAUUGCGUGUCAUUGUAAAAAACUAAAGCAAUAGAUAAACACAUUUUUAAAUAUAGUGAUAUACCCCUCAGGUGUGUAUAUCUAUAUAUCUGUAGACAUAAAUAUAUGCCUAUGCACGCAUUUGCACGUGGAAAUCUGAAUACUCAGACAACUGUAUAUGGAUAGCUGUAUCUAUCAGAACAGACAGACUACACACAUAUACAUAUAAAUAAAGGCACUCUAGUGAUACAUAUGGACUAUAAAAAUAAGAGAUAAUCCUAGAAAGGCGGUUUGAAAAAGUGGGCUUCAUUCUACACUCUAUGAUCCAUUUUUCUAAGUGUGGACCUCUGAAUGACAGCCUCCAUUUUGAUAUGUUUUUUGCAUACUUUUUUCAAUGAAAAACUCAAUUAUCUUGUUUUUAAAACUCUCAUUUCUUGACAGGUGCUCAUCAAAGCUUCCUCCUCAAAUUUUCAACAACAUUUAUAAUAACUUCAAGCUUGUCAAGACAUUUCUGCUUAGUCUAGCUAUGUUUUAAGCUUCGUUCUGAUCGCACAUUUCAUUAAAAAUACCACAGAAGUUUCACAUUUAUUUAUUAUUUGAACAGGGCUCAUAAAGCCAUCCUUCAAAUCACUGAAUGUACCCAUUAAUAUAUUUCAUAACAAACGUGGAUUGAUAGGCUCUCCUAUAUUCUUAUAAUGUUUCUAAGAGUUCAGGCAUAUGCAUCUAAUGAAAAAUCAUUUGUAUAUUUUUCUAGCAGAUGUCAAACAUCUGUGGGGCUUGUGGGGCCCACAAGCAUGGGCUUUCUGUGUCACCUUGGACAGCUUGUAACAUCUCUCAUAUGCACGGACUUCAAACAUUCUUUGUACCAUCUCCACAACCUCUUUGAAGUUCCCCUGUACAUUCAGAAAGUUAUGUAUUAUUAAUAUAUUUUUUAAAUAUUUAUGUGAAAGAGUUACAGAGAGAGGCAGAGACAGAGAGAGACAGAGAGAGGUCCUCCAUCUGCUGAUUCACUCCCCAGCUGGUUAUAUCGGCUGGAGCCAGGAGUUUCUUCCCGGUCUCCCAUGUGGGUGCAGGGACCCAAGGACUUGGUCCCUUCUCUACUGCAUUAGCGGGGAGGAAAGCAAAGAAUCAGAAAGUUCUGUCCUAGAAUUAAGCAGACAACACAGGAAUGGAGUCUGCUGCAGUGCAGCAUCCCAGAUAGCCAGGUAGGUUUGGACACCUGAGACAUUAGUUCAGGAACAGAGGGCCCACUCAAGGCUGAGCAUCCAUCUAAAAGGGUAGCUGGAAAGGGGGAUACACACCCCCAUAUCAAGAGGAACUGCCUAGGUUACGUAAGCAAGUCCUUGGAACAUGGGAAAAUUAGAUGCCCACUUAUGUCAACGAGCACAUUGGAGAGAGAAGAGGUCUCAGGACUGGAAAUGGAGGUGCAAGCAUCCCUUUGUUAGAACAAAAGCAUUGCAGAUGAUGGGGAAAGAAAGAAAGAAGAUACUCCCAUCCUGACCUGUAAAAUGCACUGAGAAACAGUAGUUAGCUUUGAGGGAAGAAAAAGUCAAACUCAGCAAGAAUGACACAGGCAAAAUUGCAGAAAUGCUGUAAUUAUUCCAGGAAGGGUAUCUCUCAGAAAAGUGCAACAGGAAGAGAGACCCAAAGCAAACACCUGAUGAUGUCUAGGUGUUCUCUGUCUCAAGUCUGUGACUCUGGAUACAUAAAUCUGCAGAAAUCUGAGGAAGGCAAGGGUGGAGGAGCUUGGAAGUGACCCCAAAGCAGUGUAUCCUGUUUUGGGUCAAUACAGGCUGAUAGCAUGAGGAUGCUCCAAAAAGUUUGUGGAGGUGCUGGCACUGUGGCACAGCCGGUUAACACCUGGCCUGAAGCGCCGGCAUCCCACAUGGGUACCGGUUCUAGUCCCGGCUGCUCCUCUUCCAAUCCAGCUCUCUGCUAUGGCCUGGGAAAGCAGUAGAGGAUGGCACAAGUCCUUGGGCCCCUGUACCCCGUGGGAGACCCGGAAAAAGCCCCCAUCUCCUGGCUUUGGAUCGGCGAAGCUCCAGCCGUUGCGGCCAUCUGGGGAGUGAACCAGCGGAUGGAAGACCUCUCUCUCUCUCUCUCUCUCUCUCUCUCUACCUCUCUCUGUAACUCUGUCUUUCAAAAAAAAAAAGUUUGUGGAAAUGGAAUUAGAAGAUACUUAUUUUGGCACAAAAAACGUUUGCACCAAAAUAUACCUAGAUUUUGCCCAAUAGAUAUUUCCACAAACUUAUUGAAAACCCCUCAUGUGCAUAAAUUCCAACAUUUUGGCACCAAAAUAAACUUGUUAUUUAUGUCCAUUUUCCACACACUUUUUGAAGUACUCUAAUGUUUGUGGACAGAUCCCUUUUUUCUAAGAGUUUGUUGAAGGGGUACCGUUAUGUGGACUAUAUAUUGAAAAUACUUUUCAAAAUAGAUUAAACUAGGGAACCUUCUUGACCUCUUCCAGUUUUUCAGACUUUGAUUCGUAAGAAAUAUUUUGGGAUCAAAUGAUUGAAGGGGAAGAUGUGCUAGGGUUUAGCCAACUCUGUUCCAAUAAUAAAGAAGCACCACACUUUAUUUAGUGAAGAGUUGUUUCCUAUAAUGGAGCAAAGAGAUAACAAAGACUCUACCAGUGUUUUAUUUAUCCAGCCAUUGUAAGAAUAUUCAUUGAGACUUACAAUAUAUCAGUCACAAUUCUAGGUUCUGGAAUAUAAUGAUAAAUUAGAUAGAUUCUCUCAUAUGUGGGAUCACUUCAAAACAUUUGUGGAAAAUGCUAUGAAAAGUUAAGCUUAUUUUUGUGCAAAAAAACUUUGAAAUUCAAUUUCCCGUAAUUCAUAUUUCCCAUAAACUUUUUUGAAGAUACCUCAUAUAUGAGUUUCACAAAGCAUUGCCCAGAACACCUAUGUGACAACCAGUGAUGCCUGUUGAAAUGCAGAUUCCAAAGCACUACCCCAAAUAUUCUGAUCUAGUAGGGCCCAGAAUUUCAAACUAGGAUUUUUUUUAACUAGGGGUGCAUAACAUACUUACACACAUUAACGUUUAAGAACUGAUGUUGAAGGUCUUGAGUUGUGGUGUAGCAAAUUAAGCUGCGACUUACAAUGCCAGCAGCUCAUAUAGGAGUGCUGAUUUGAGAUUUGAAUUUCUGCUAAUGCACCUGGGAAGGCAACAGAAGCUGUCCCAAGUGCUUGGGCCCCUCUGCCCAUAUGAGAGCUAGAUGGAGUCCUGGCUCCCGACUUGGCUGUUGUGACCAUUUGAGGCAUGAACUAGCAAUUGGAAAAUAUCUCUCUGUUUUUCUGUCUUUCAAAUAAAUAAGUAAAUCUUAAAAAAAAAAAAAAGACAUAGGAGAGGGAGCGGGAGAUGGGAGGGGUGCAGUGGGAGGGAAGUUAUGGGGAGGAAAAAGCCAUUGAAAUCCAUAAACUGUACUUUGGAAAAUUGUAUUUACUAAAUAAAAGUUCUAAAAAAAAAAAAAGAUGUGAAAGAACUGACACGGGCAUUGGCAUGGCAGUUGAGAACUAGACUGUUGCCAGGUGGCUCCUGAUUGCCCAGACAGCCUCAGAGUGGCUGGGACAGGGUUGGUUGGAAACAAGGCAGGUAUCAAAUCUCCUGGUAGCAAAAUGUACAGAGGGCAAUAGUACACAGCAAGUGAUCAAAAACUAUCAUUCCUUUCUGACCGUCAUGUUCAAAGCUGAGCAUAUUCAGAACGGCCUUAGUAUUCCCUCAUCAGCUAGCAUAUGCAAUUGUCUUUCCAUGAGAAUUUACUUGUGAGGAGAUACCUGGAUUCUCUCCAGACAUAUGAAAGAUUUCUUCUAGUCUAAUUUGUCGUUUAAUUUAGUUAUUUAUUUUUAAAAUAGAUUCACGCAGAGACACAAAUUCAAAUACCAGAGUACAGAGACUUGUAGGAUUUUUUUUUCCCACGUUACACAAUGUUAAGUCUACUGGUUUCAGAUCAGAACUCUAGAAACCUCCAUCACCACAUUUCCUGUUUGUAACUGAACAAAGUACAUACAAAAGAGUUUAAGAAACAGAAGAGCAAGAAAAAAACACACAAGCACUGAUAAAGAUAAGUUUUACUGCCAUGCUGCAUAUAACUGUAACAUUACAUUAGAAAAAAAGUUUGUGGGAGCAUUUUUAAUCAAUGCAUUUUCCUGAUGGCUGCAUAGAGAUUUUUCUGAUUUAAAAAGAAGAAGCAUGUCAGGAAACUCUGGGUGCCCCUUUUUUCUCUGGGGACUUCUAGCCUUCUUGGGUUUGGCUCUGGUUAUAUCGCUGAUCUUCAACAUUUCCCACUAUGUGGAAAAGAAGCGACAAGAUUAUAUGUACAGAUACUCUGAUGACUACAUUCCCAGGGUUGAUGAAGAUUAUAUUGAAGACACACCAAUUUAUGGUAACUUAGAUAAUAUAAUCCCAGAACCAAUAGAUGAAAACUGCUAUGAACAAAUGAAAGCCCGACCAGAGAGAUCUAUAAAUGAGACGCAAGAAGUGCCCCCAUCUACACAGGCAACGACUGAAACACAGAUGUUUUAUGCCUCACUCGAUCACAGCUUUAAGGGGAAGCGCAGAAAGCCCAGGAAACAGAACACUUUUUCAGACAAGGAUGAAAAUGAGCAAUCACACGCAAUGGAUGCCAGCAUUACUGAGGCCACUUUGGUAGACAGUUUCUCACCAGAGAGCCAGGAAAUAGAGGAAAAUAUUCAUGAUGACCCUGUUAGACUCUUUGGAUUGAUUCGUGCUAAGAAAGAACCUAUAAAAUAGUUGGAUGAAGAUCUAACCUAGUGAUUGGGCUCUUCUUGGGGAUGGUUGUUUAGAAAACACUGAAAGACCUGGCAGGGAGACAUCUGAUCAUUUGUUGUGAUGAUGGCUUACUUCUUAUCCAGAGCUUUGUUCAUGUAUGCCAAGGGUAAGGCCAUGAAAAUUAGUCAUUUGAAUUCAUUUUUAAAAAUGUCUAAGUAGCAAAUAUAAAAUAAAAUGCAAUUUGCAAAUUGACUCUGACAGCAAAAGCACAAAUUCACCAACAAUAGCUAUUAGGGAAAUAGACAAAUAAUGUUUAAGAUCACAUUAAAAGAAAAAUAAAGACCAACAAUUUUUUAUAACCAUAUUUCCAUUUCCUAAGCAGUAUGAAACACCCCAUAAUUGAAAGAAAUUUGUGAUCACAAGGUAUAGGGGAUACAAAAACAGGUAUUUUUACCAAAUGUAAAUAGUUUUGUUAAGUUAAAAACUACUGUAAAAUUAGUGAGUACUCUUACAACAAUAAAAAAAAAAAACUCCAAAGGAAGAAGGAAGCAAGGAGAGGGAAAGAAAGGGAAGGGGGGGGGGGUAAGAGUGAGAAGGAGGGAAGGAGGAGGGGGGAAAGAGAAAGAAAGGAAGGAAAGAUAAACAGAAGGAGGAAAGAAGAGAGAGAAAAAAAGGAAGAAAAAGAGAAAGAGAGAGGAAGGAAGGAAGCAAGCAAGCAAGCCCACUAGUCAGAGAUAAUCACAGCGCACAACUUUAUAUCCUUCUAGAUAGUUUUCUGGCCAUGCCCAUAUACACACAUUGAUUGUUUUUGAAACAAAAAAGGAGUGGAUGAUUAAAUUUUACAUAUUAUAUAAACUUUCUUUACUUAAAAAUAUUUUGUGGGUUUAUUUGCACUAUCAUAUUUAAUUGUACCUGAUUACAAUUAUGUAUCAUAAUGUUAGUGUCUAUAUAAAUCAUAUAUCCCAUUAAUGACUACCACAUCAGAAUCUAGUUAAAUAAAUUUGGAGGACAUUUCACUUGUUUCCAACUCUGUUGUUUUGCUUUUACAAAUAACAUUCUAAUGGGGAUUUUUCUUUACACACCUUUGGGUACUUGUCUGAUUUCUUCUGUUGGUUAAAUGCCUAGAAAGGGAAUUGCUGUAUUAAAAGAUAUUCAUACUAUGACUCUUCUUAGGAUAGAUUGCUGGGUCAAAGUAUGUGCUCAAUUUAAAUUUAUAAAAUGCUCUUAAACUAAUUCCUAAAUGUCCCUAUUUUGUUCUCCAAAAUAUAUUUUUUUUAAAAAAUCUGUUACCUCUAGCAAACAUAUUUAAUCUCCCCUUUGGUUUCUUGAAUAUCCAAAAUACAUUUAUAACCACUUUUAAAAUGUUUUUAUCUUCAAGAUUGGUCAUGUCUGUCAUUCUAAGUGAGAAACAACCAACUGAUAUUUUCCUUGUCAUGGGCUGUAUUUUUCUGUUUCUUUAAAUUCUUCUUAAUUUUUGGCUGAACAGAAGAUAUUGUGAGCAUUACUUGUAUAAUUUUGGUGGUGGAUUUUUUUAAUAUUCUUCUAACUAUAUUUUAGCUUUGUCCUGGAAAUGUCACAUUACUUGUUUACAAUCUGAUCUGUCAGUGUCUUUCUCUUAAAUUUUGUUAGAUAGCAGCAGAACAGAUUUUAAAUUAGGUAAAUUAGCCUACCACUAAGACAAGACCCUGAAACUAUGAAACUACUCUAAGAAAACAAUGUGGGAACACUGCAAGACAUUAGAAUAGGCAACAGUAUUUUUAAGAUCAUAAAAGUAAAAAUAGACAAAUGGAAUUAUAUCAAUCCAAGAAACUUCUGCAUAGCAAAUCAAAUAAUAAACAGAGUGAGGAAAUAUCUGAUAGAAUGGGUUGAAAAUAUUUGCAAACUAUGCAUGUGACAAAGGACUAAUAUCCAGAACACACAAGAACCAAAAAAAUACAUAAGAAACAAAAAAAUAUAUAAGGAUGGAAAAAUAAAACAAAAAAUCAUCAAUACAGUAAAAAAGUGAGUAAGUGGUCUGAACAGACACUUUUCAGAAGAAGUACAAAAGGAAAAAUAUAUUUAAAAAUACUCAGCAUAGCCAGCCAUCAGGGAAAUGCAAAUUGAAAGCACACGAGGUAUCCUCUCACUUCAGUCAGAAUGGCUAUUAUCAAAAAGCAAAAUAUUAAAUGCUGGUAAGGAGGUGAAAAAAGUAAAACCUACAUAAACUAUUGGUGUGAAUGAAAGUCAGUAUAGCCGUUAUGGAGAACAUUAUAGAAGCUAUACAGAAAGCACAGCGACUCUCAUAUGACCCAGUUAUGCUACUUCUGAGCAUAGGUUCAAAGGACAUGAAAUCAGCAUAUAAAAGAGAUAUCUGGGCCAUUUCAGACACCGAGGGAGGGAGAGGGAGUAUCUGCGGGAGCCAGGCCAGGCCGGAGCGGGGCAGCGCAGAGCAGGAAGAUCCUUGGGAGCUUGUGGAGUUGAGCCUCCCCACGCCUAACCUUAGAUUUCGAAAUGCAUCGUGAUUCCUGUCCAUUGGCAACAAGACUGAAUCGAACAGGCCUUUGGCUAUUGUGUGUGGGUUGCCAGAAACCCUCCUGGCUUCGCUUUUGUUGAAUUUGAAGACCCCCGGGUUGCUGCUGAUGCCGUCGGAGAGCUAGAUGGAACGCUGUGUGGCUGCUGUGUGAGAGUGGAACUGUCGAAUGGUGGAAAAAAGAAGUAGAAAUCGUGCCCACCUCCCUCCUGGGGUCGUCGCCCUCGAGAUGAUUAUCGCAGGAGGAGUCCUCCACCUCCCCGAAGAUCUCCAAGAAGCGGAAGCCUCUCUCGCAGCUGGAGCACGUCCCUUUCUAGAGGUAGGAGACGAGAAAGAUCGCCGUCUCGGGAGAGAAAUCACAAGCCAUCCCGAUCCUUCUCUAGCUGAUCUAUGGCGAAUGAAAGAAAAUAGAAGAGUCAUUUACAAGAGCAGUGGUGUACAGGAAACAACUUCAUUUGACAAGAGUUUGUACGGAAAAUUCAAGUUUUGUUUGAGACUUCAUAAGCUUGGUGCAUUUUGAAGAUGGUUUAGCUGUUCAGAUUUGUCUCUUGGAACAGUGACACACAAAAAGCUGUCAUUCUCUAUGGUUUGAAAUGGAUCAUAUGAGGCAUGUGAUACCAAGAAUUGUUACUUUAGGAUGUUCCCUUAAGCAAGAUUGAAUUUACUUUUGAGCUUUAGUCUUGCAAAGACUGAUGACCUCAAAAUCCUGCUCAGCGAAACGAAGUGUGAUGUUUUAAUAUUGUAAAAACCGCACUGUCAAAAACUGAACUAAAAUGUGCUUUUUUUUCCUUAGCUGGUAUAUAGUACAAAGCUAUAGGUAAACAAGCAGUCUUUAGAAGCAGGUAAAUAUAAAAGCUGCACCAUUAAAAUAGAUGAAAGGUUUUUGGAAAAACCCAGCUGGUCUUACCUUGGACAGAGGUUGUCUAGUUGGUCUAGAAUUUAGUAAGUUUUGAGAAAGUUUACAUUUGCCUAGGUGGUAAGUUCCUUACAUAAUUGCAAUAUAGAAUACAUAGCUGUUUGUGUAGCAGUCUUUAUUGGGAAAUUUGAAGUUUCAAAAAAUACCAAUGUCCUGCCAGUUUAAGAGUACAUUGUAGAGCUGAACUUUGAGUUACUGUGCAAGAUUAUUAUUUUUUUCAUGCUGUCAUUUGUAAUAUGUUUUUGUGAGUAUCUUUGGGAUUAAAGUUUUGGUUAAAAAUUGUUGUUUAACUUGAAAGCCUAUUUUUCCUUGCAAACUCAAAUCUAUGAACUUGGUACCAAGUCCAAGUAUAACAUUCCUAUUUGGAAGCCAUACUUAUAUUUUCUUAUAAAGUGCUUUUGAAUUAAUAAAUAUUAGCAUAAUUGUGUAAUAGUCAGUCGAGCCCACUGUUACCAUUGUUCUUAUCCCAUGGAAAACAAUUGGUUAUAUAUAAUUCCUGAAAGAAAAAACUGAUUAGUCUUGCAAUGAAGGAGAUUUUUGGUCAUCACCAAAGUGAUUGUUAAUAGUUACUAAUUUUGUAGGUGUUGAAGCCAGUUCAGAUUCUGUGAUAACUUAGUGAACUACAUUUUAUAGCAGCAAAGCCGGUACAUUGUAACCCAAAAUAGGUUGCCCUGGCGCUGUGGCGAAGCAGGUUAAAGCUGCAGCCUGCAGCGCCGGCAACCCAUAUGGGCGCUGGUUUGAGUCCUGGCUGCUCCACUUUCUAUCCAGCUGUCUGCUAUGGCCUGGGAAAGCAGUAGAAGAUGGCCCAAGUCCUUGGGCCCUUGUGUCCACAUAGGAGGCCAGGAAGAAGCUCCUGGCUCCUGGCUCCUGGCUCCGGAUCAGCUCAGCUCUGGCCGUUGCAGCCAUCUGAGGAGUGAACCAGUGGAUGGAAGAUUUUUCUCUCUCUCUUUCUCUUUCUCUCUCUGGCUCUACCUCACUCUGUAACUCUGUCUUUAAAAUAAAUAAAAUACAUCUUUAAAAAAAAAAAUAAGUUGCCCGUCUAAAAAAAGGCUUUUAUCCUUAGCAUGAAAUCUUAACACAAAGUUUUAAAAAUUGCUUCCAUUUUGUAAUUUGAGGUGUUGCAUGGUAAUUCUAAACUGACCCAUCACAUUGUAACAUUUACAAUAUGGUUCAAAUGUAACAGUGCAGAUUUGAAUAUGGCGGCAUGCAUCACUUUCCUCUUAGAAACUGAGAGACACUGUGACUUCACAAUUUCUGUGCGAUUAUAUUAAAUCAUAAUGCAAAGUCACGUGGCUUAGUUUCCUUAAAUGUGCUCCUCCAAAAUAGCUUUGGAGUAUGCUGUACUGACUUGUGUUUAAUAUGAAAGAUAAGUCAUUGCAUUCAGAGUUCUGUCUAUAAGGCUAUUUUAAAAUAACAGAUCCCUUUGGGACUGGCUUAUUU